AUGCCUUCCCAUUUUCAGUCACGAGCCGGCCUUAUGAUAUGGAUCAUAGCACCUCUAUUUAUUGUUUUCUCAUUUUUAGCUACAAUGAGAGAAAAAGAUCCACAAAAAGUAUUCGAAAAAAGGCAUAUUUACAGAAAUAAGCAAUAUAAUUGGAAAUUAGGUACAAAUCCACCACCACCAAAGCUAUCUACUAAUGGACAGUCUGAUAAACUAUAUGUAAUGAUUCUAGAUAGUGAAUUCGAAUCGCGACCACACCAAUGCAUAAUGAAACGCCAGUGGAUGGAUCCAUUUCUUGAACAUGUUGAAGUAGAUGGUAUAGAAGUUUACUCUGCUAAUGCCUGGACAAAUAAAGAAUGUAAUUUAUCUUCAAUUACUAUUCCAGAAUUACCAGAACAAAAGAUCAAUCCUGGGGCAUUUCUUCUUUACGAGUCUCUAAAACUGUUCCUUGAAAGAUCAGAUGCUGGUUGGCUUUAUAUAAUUGGAGAUGCUGCUUACAUUAAGGUUGACCGAUUUUUCGCAUGGCUUGGAAACAUAAUGAAGUCACAUAGUGCAUUAACAGAGAAUUUUAUCAUAGGAAGCUGCGUUGAAGAACGAUAUUUCUUCCAAAUGUUGUUAACAAGCUCAGGAGUGUUACUUUCUCGCGCAUAUGUAAAGAGACUAGUUGCAACUAGAGAUGACGACCUCUGGGAUGUUUCAAUGGCUGUUGGAAUUACGGCAGACGAAAUUUUAGCAAAAAUUUCGGACAAAAUUGGUGUUUACAUACCAGGAAAGCAAACAUCAGACUUGGUUGGAAGAGGAUUUACAGAUGCAAGCCAUUAUAAGAUUCUUAUGGACAAAGAUUUCGAUAAUUUACCAAAAUGCAAUAUUCCUCAAGAAUAUUUGCGACCAUUUGCUGGUGAACUUGGUCUAUGUACAGCACAAAUCAUGAAAUUCAAUGAUAUAAGGGUCUGGAGCGCUACAAGACAUUUAGGCAAACAGAAGUUCUUGGAAGACGCUGAAGAGAUGCUUAACAAUAAUCCUGAUUCCUUGGGAUACUAUUGGGAUCGAUUAUAUCUAACAUUAUGUAAAUUAUAUUAA